GCGAGCAGGCGUUUCUAUCUUCAUUACCCCGCACUCCUCUCUCCCAAUUCUUGAAGAUGUCGGCGGCGCAGUUUAGCAGCUCGUGCGCAUGCGCUGGCCUGCGCAGCCCCCUCCUCCCUCCGCCGCGACGCGGCGGCCGGAGGUCCCGGUGCUCCGCCGUGCCCAGCGGCGACUCGUACCUCGACAUGUGGAAGAAGGCCAUGGAGCGCAAGCGCCGGCCGCAGCAGUCCCGCGGGACCAGAGACGGCGGCGAGGGCGGGAAGUCACCGUCGCUGGCGGCCAAGACGGAGCGCUUCAAUCAGCUCCUCCAGGUGCCCACGGAGGAGCGAGACAGGGUCCAGCGGCUUCAGGUCAUCGACCGCGCGGCUGCAGCUUUCGCUGCCGCCCGUGCCAUCCUCAACGAGUCUCCCGUGGCUCGCUCAACGCCGGAUCUCUCUGACCGCCCGGAAAUGUCUCGUGCUAAACUAGGAUUGCAGCAUGAAGAUUCAUUCCUCUAUCAAUCAGUUACUCUGCAAAAUGGACCUCCUGGCCCAGAUUUUUGGUCAUGGUCACCUCCUUCAGACACUAAGAGGGAACCAAUUGAAACAAGCACUGGCCUGAGAUCUGCACCAAAGUUGUUAUCACAGACAUAUCCAUCCAAUUUGGUGAUAGAAAAAGAAAAGACUAUUGAGUUUUUAGCCAUCCCUAUGGAGAGCACACUAUUUGGAUGCAAACAUAAUCCUCCUCAUCCACCUCUGCAAUCUCUUGUAGAGGUUGAUAAAGUGGGAAAAAAGACCACUUUAAAUGCAUCUAUUGAAGCAGAGGGGAAAAUGUGCGGUCAGCUUUUCUCAGGGCAAGCCGCUGAGGCUGCUGAAGCUCUUAGUAAAAGUAAUGGAGCAUCAGAAUAUGGCAUGGAUCUGGGUGGAUCACAAUGGUGGAGAGAGACAGGAAUAGAGGAAAGACCUGAUGGAGUGGUUUGCAAGUGGACAUUGACUAGAGGUGUAAGCGCAGAUGAAACUGUUGAGUGGGAAGAUAAGUUCUGGGAGGCUGCUGAUCAAUAUGAUUAUAAAGAGUUGGGUUCAGAGAAGUCUGGCCGCGAUGCAUCUGGAAAUGUAUGGCGUGAAUAUUGGAAGGAGUCAAUGUGGCAGGACAUGAGAAGGGGCAUUAUCCAUAUGGAGAAUACUGCAGACAAGUGGGGGAAGAAUGGCAAGGGUGAUGAGUGGCAAGAGAAAUGGUGGGAACAUUAUGAUUCUUCUGGGUAUGCUGAGAAAUGGGCACACAAAUGGUGCUCUAUAGAACCAAAGACACCAUUGGAAGCUGGCCAUGCUCAUGUUUGGCACGAGAGAUGGGGGGAGAAGUACGAUGGUAAUGGUGGUAGCAUGAAAUACACCGACAAGUGGGCAGAGCGGUCAGAAGGUGAUGGUUGGUCAAAAUGGGGAGACAAGUGGGAUGAACACUUUGAUUCAAAUGGCCAUGGAGUAAAGCAGGGCGAAACAUGGUGGGAAGGGCAGCAUGAGGAACGAUGGAAUCGCACAUGGGGGGAGUGGCACAAUGGCUCCGGAUGGGUGCACAAGUAUGGCAAGAGCAGCAACGGGGAGCACUGGGACACACAUGUGCAGCAAGAGACAUGGUCCGAGAGGUUCCCGCACUAUGGAUUCGAGCAUUGCUUUGAAAACUCUGUGCAACUCAGAGCAGUUUGAAAGCCACUUGACACAUUGUAAGCCAGACCAGAACUUUCUAUUCCUUGUGUGUAAACUAUACAUUUUAUUGUAUCUUUUCUGGUGAUUAAAUUGAUGUGUGUUUUGGA